CUUGAUAGUCUUGAUUGCCGGCUCCAGGAUUGUGAAAUUAAACGCGUCAAUAACAUUAAUAACUUCCUCGCAUUUGCGUCCAGAAUUGACAUUGACUACUCCUGCCCUUUUAUAAUUAAUUUGCUUCCUCUAUAAAGUCUCUGAACUCCUCUACAGGCUGUUUAUUGAUCUAAAUAAUGGCUAAUUCUGAAGCCUCUCCUCCUGCUCCUCCUCCUCGUUUUUCUUUUUCUUCUUUCACGCAUCCAUGGAAAUACCAAGUCUUCCUGAGUUUUCGAGGGGAGGAUACACGCAACAAUUUCACAGCCCAUUUGUGCAACGCGUUGCGUCUGAGGGGAAUCAACACCUUCAUGGAUGAGGAGCUCACAAGAGGGGAAGAUAUAUCAAGAGAGCUUCUCCAAGCAAUUGAACAGUCAAAAAUUUCAAUCAUCGUGUUCUCUGAAACCUUUGCAUCCUCCAAGUGGUGUCUAGAUGAACUCGUCAAGAUUAUUGAGUGUAAAGAAUCAAAAAAACAACUGGUUCGACCGGUCUUUUACAAAGUGGAUCCCUCGCAUGUACGAAACGUUCAAGGCACUUUUGGUGAGGCACUUGCUAAUCAUGAACGCAAUUCAUCCGUGAGCUCAGAGAAAGUACAAAAAUGGAGAACAGCUCUAAACCAAGCAGCAAAUUUGUCAGGGUGGACUCUCCUGAACCAACGGCUCGGGGUUGGGGUUUUUCUGGCCGUAUCUCAAUUGGCGGCGGGGUGUGCUGAUCAAGACCAGCGGGUUUUCAGAUGGCGUGAGGCACGACAUGAGUUGUGGCGGCGUGAGGUGUGGUGGUUUAGGUCGAAGCGGUGAGUUGUCGCAGUGGCGUAGAUCGGCGUGGCAUGGAUCGUGGCAGAGCAGGUCGGGCAGUGCUGCUGGGUUUGUGACGUACGGCAUGUCGUCAGGCAGCUGGGAUUGUGGCAAACUACACGUCAUCGAGGACGGAUGGGCUAGGGCCAGACUACGGACGGACGGAUGGGCUUGGACUUUUCCUUUGGAUGCUUUUGGGCCUACUAUUUUGGACUAGGGUUGCCCUAGGCCUUUUCUAUGUUUCUGCUUGUCUUUUACAAUAAAUUCCUUGUAUUUAGGAACCAAUGCACUAUUGUGCACUCAAUGUCUCUUUAGCAUCUCUGGAGUAGUACCGAAGGAGGAUAUCCGCUAUCUCUACGUAUUUAAAUGUACAAUGAGUAGGACUAUAUGUAUGUACCACUUGUGGGUACUAUCACUAGCUUCUUGUCUGUCUAUAAAUGACAGCGGAAGGGUAUGUAAUGGC